AUGAUGAUUUCUCUCAUUCUUGUGCUCUGUUUUGUUGGUGCAACUCUGGCUCAAGUGUACAAUAUACCAACUUCCACAUCCAAUCCAUCAACAGCAAGUCCUGUAUCACCUGGAAUCUUGCCUGGAAUUGAUCCUGAAAUAGACACAGACGUCAAGUAUCCUGAUCGUCCUCAUAUCAUAAUCUUCAUGGCUGAUGAUUUGGGCUUCGAUGAUGUGAGCUUUCGCGGUUCUUCGCAGAUUCUCACGCCCAAUAUCGACGCCUUGGGUUAUCAGGGAGUGAUUUUGAACAGACACUACGUUCCCUAUGCUUGUACACCCUCAAGAGCAGCCUUUCUCACUGGCGUGAAUCCCGUUCACAGCGGAAUGCAGCACUAUGUCCUAUUGCACUGUGACCCAACUGGUCUUCCCUUGCACUUGAAGCUCUUGCCUGAGUAUCUGAAGCAAGCUGGCUACAGAACUCAUCUCGUCGGCAAGUGGCAUCUAGGAUUUGCCAGGAAGGCCUACAUUCCCACUGAGAGGGGCUUCGACAGCUUCUUCGGUUUCUACACAGGCGCCAUUGACUAUUGGAAUCACACAACGUGGCUGGGAAAUUUCAAUGGUUACGACUUCAGAAGAAACGAAGAGGUGACAUAUGAAGGUCUGGGUCAGUAUGCAACACAUCUCUUCACCAAUGAAUCCUUGGAGAUCAUCAAGAGACACAAUCCGAGAAUUCCACUCUUCCUUGUCAAUGCAUUUAAUGCGCCUCACACAGCGAGUAUUUCAGGAUUAUCCGAAAGUGAUGCGCCGCAGGAAGAAAAGGACAAACUCACAUACAUUCGAGAUCCCAUCUUGAGAACUCAUGCUGCUAUGAUAAGGAUUCUGGACAGGAGCAUUGGUCAGAUCAUUAGGGAGUUGAGCUUGAAGAGAAUGUUAAGCAAUUCGGUGAUUCUGUUCUAUUCCGACAACGGAGCUCCGACCAGGGGAAUUUUUGAAACUCAGGGUUCUAACUUCCCUUUGAGAGGCCAAAAACUCACUACUUGGGAAGGCGCAAUUCGAGUUCCUGCGGCCAUUUGGAGUCCUUUGAUAGAAGUUCGCCAUGGCGUGUCAAAUCACUUGAUCUACAACACUGAUUGGUUGCCAACCUUCGUCGGCAUGACUGGCGUUCGACCAAUUGGGGAACUGGAUGGUUAUGAUAUCUGGCCCACACUGGUGAAGAACAAGCCCAGCCCGAGGAAAAGGAUCAUUCACAACAUCGAUCCAAUCGAUGGAUUGACUGCAUUCUACUACAGAGGAUGGAAGUACAUCAAUGGAUCAACUGACUUUGGCAUCUACGACUCGUGGUUAGGCUCAGAUGCGCGAUAUCGCAAUCCAGAUGCGAAAAGAUACGCGGAAAUUGUUGUAAGGAGUGACACGUGGCAGGCUUUGGCGCCAUUCGCCCGCAGAACUCUUGGCAGUAGCAGCAUAAGACGGAUCAGGAGGAACACAAGAACAUUCUGCCAGCCUAAGAUUCCCUACGCCUUAGGAUGUAAUCCACUGAAGGGUCCUUGUCUGUUUCGCAUUAAAGAGGAUCCGUGCGAAUUAAACAACCUAGCCUAUGUUUAUCCACACAAAACGUACUUGAUGAAGAUUUUGAUGAAGAGAUUCCAAGCGAGGACAGUUUAUCCUGUUAAUUUACCAGCAGAUUUGGAAAAUUGCAAUCCAGCAAAGUACAAUGGAACCUUCACUUGGUGGCUGGACAUUGAAGCCAUCCAAGCUGAGAGUUUUUCCAAUUCUACAGAUCCUGAAAUAGCAACUGAGAUUAAUGAAUCGGAGGAAGUUGAGCAGUUGAAUCCUUUGAAUCAAACAGUAAUUGAUUCUCAGAUUCAAUCAGUCUGGAAUCCAAUUACACCCAAUUCAUCGAAUUUUUCUCCACUUUUACCCUAUUUCUAUAUCCAUCCUUAUCCACUGAGUUCUUUGACAAAUUCUUCGAAUCUUGUGGCAUUUCCUUCACUUCUUGGCACUCCUCACACAAAGACAAACACCUUUCAGAUCCCCGAAAAUCUCAUUUCCUCAAAUGGUUUGCAUUCUCAGGCAAAAACACACAGACAAAAUCGGCCGCUGAACUUUCACAGCGACUCUAAAUCAAACUGA